GGAAGAUGCAUGAGGAGGAGGAGGAGGUCCAGGCGGUGGCGCGCCCGCCGGAUCCGAGGCGCGUGGGAGGGCAGCAGUGGCGCGUUGACCAGAUCGAGAGCGACCCCGAUGGAGGGGAAGGGACCGGUAGGCGCGUGCAGGCUGCACAAGCUUGGGGGAUUGGGGAGAUGGCGGCCAAUCGAGUUUCUUCGAUUGAUCUGGACAUGGCCAUGGCAGCGCACGCAAGGGGCGGAGGCGAGCGACCCUCUGGAGCCACGCACGUCGAGAGACCUGAGUGCGUCAUGUGCACCAGCAAGGUGUGCUUCCAUUUGGCAAGGGAGGAGCUCGAGCCGCAACGGUGGUCCACGGCGCCAUGGCCAUCCUCCUUGGCAGGAGGAGCAUGCGCCGCAGAGACGGCCGGAUCUGUCUAG